CUUUAUUUUGACGAGAGUAACUUGAAUGGCUGCCCUAACUAAGAGAUGGAAGUAUGCAAAGAAAAAAGACAAGACAAAGGGACGUGUCAAAUGUCAAUUCUGUCUUGGAUACUGUCUAAAAUAUCAGUUUCACAGAAUUCUUGGAGAUUGCAAGAUCCAUAGGAUAACUGAGAAAUAGUUUCGGGCAAAUAUCUUCGGAGUUCAAAGAUAUUUUAAGGGAAAGAAGGUCUUUGUCAUACUCCAUUUGGAAGUUUCACCGAUCAACGGGGUUAGUGCACCUGUGAUAUUUCUCCCGAAAAGUCAACAGCCUAUCUUUUAUGGGAUAGAAGCUAGACAAUGAACCUAUCGGAUCUGUUUUCUAAGGCAAGGGGCUUGACCGCUAGGUAGUUACAAGACGUUCUGCUGAAAAAAUGACUUUAACGUUACGGUCAUCGACUUCUUUCAUCCAUCUGAACGAUACGAAGAUCAUAAAGGCUCCUCUUCUUGAAGAUCUCCAUGGCAUAAUCUCCUUCAAGCAAGCGAAGCCACCGAGCUGUCUCCGAAUAAGAAGUUCCUUACAGGAGAUUAAGAUGGAAAGGGGUAGUAACAAAAUGGAGAAACUUCACUCUCUAUCUUUGAAUCACCACACAAAUGACUUGAGAGUUCCUGUGUUUGUAAUGCUUCCUCUUGACACGGUUAGUCUUGGAGGGAGUUUGAACAAACCUCGAACAACGAAUGCGAGUUUGAUGGCCUUGAAGAGUGCAGGUGUGGAAGGAGUUAUGGUGGAUGCUUGGUGGGGAUUGGUGGAGAAAGAUGGACCUAUGAAAUACAACUGGGAAGGUUAUGCUGAGCUUGUGCAGAUGGUUCAAAGGCAUGGCUUGAAGCUCCAAGUAGUCAUGUCUUUUCAUCAGUGUGGAGGGAAUGUUGGAGAUUCUUGCAGCAUUCCUUUGCCACCAUGGGUGCUUGAAGAAAUAAGCAAGAACCCAGAUCUCGUUUACACAGACAAAUCAGGCAGAAGGAAUCCGGAAUACAUCUCGUUGGGAUGUGAUUCGUUACCCGUGCUCAAAGGAAGAACACCAAUCCAAGUUUAUGCUGACUACAUGAGGAGCUUCCGGGAUCGAUUUAGAGACUACUUAGGAGAAGUAAUCAUGGAAGUUCAAGUUGGGGCUGGUCCAUGUGGGGAACUCAGAUAUCCAUCUUAUCCAGAGAGCAAUGGAACUUGGAGAUUUCCAGGAAUUGGGGAAUUCCAAUGUUAUGACAAGUAUAUGAGAGCAUCCCUGGAGGCAGCAGCAGAGGCCAUUGGAAAAAGAGAUUGGGGAAGCAGUGGAGGACCAAAUGAUUCAGGUCAAUACAACCAAUUCCCUGAAGAUUCCGGAUUCUUCAAAAGGACAGGAACAUGGAACUCGGAAUAUGGCAAAUUCUUUCUCGAAUGGUACUCGGGUGAGCUAUUACAGCACGGCGAUAGAGUCAUAUCAGCUGCAAAGGGAAUUUUCCAUGGAACUGGUGCAAAGCUAUCAGCAAAAGUAGCUGGCAUUCACUGGCAUUAUGGAACACGAUCCCAUGCUGCCGAGUUAACCGCCGGGUACUACAACACUCGACACCGAGACGGUUACUUGCCUAUUGCAAAGAUGCUGGCUAAACAUGGAGUUGUGUUGAACUUCACUUGUAUGGAAAUGAAAGAUGGACAGCAGCCUGGCUAUGCAAAUUGCUCACCAGAAGGAUUGGUUACACAAGUGAAGAUGGCUACAAGGGAUGCUAAGGCUGAACUUGCUGGUGAAAAUGCAUUGGAAAGGUAUGAUAUAGCAGCUUAUGAGCAAAUUUUAGCUACUAGUAGAUCAGAAUCUGGAAAUGGUUUGGCUGCAUUCACUUACUUGAGGAUGAACAAGGACCUUUUUGAACCCCAAAACUGGAGGAACUUAGUCGAGUUCGUAAAGAGAAUGUCGGAAGGUGGUCGGAACUGGAGACUUCCUGAAUCAGACUGCUGUGGCAGUGAUCUUCGUGUUGGAUUCAUCAAGGAAAAGAAGAUCGAGAAAGUUGCUGUGGUGUAGAGGUGAUAUCAUAGUGUGUUAUAGUUGAAGGAUAAAAAAGAGAAUAGGGACACGGUCAAAACUCUUAUAAUGUUUUUACCCUCAUACAUGAUGUUUGUAAUUAUCGAGUCCCUUUGUAAAGAUGGAUCGAGAAGGGAUCUAUGCAUAAAUAUAGGCAAGUGAAAUAAAAUGGACAAAUCUUCGACAA